CGGUGGGGCAGAGCUGAGCAGCAGACACUAUGGAGUGGGCUUGGAGCGGCUGGCUGGCCCCUUUCGGGCCGCCGCUGACAGCCUGGCUACUCGGCCCGUCUCUGCUGCUAGCCCUCGGGCUACUGUGGCUCUACCGCGUCCUCUUCAAGCCGCUUCACCUCAUCCGCUGUUUGCACGAUGUCGGUUACGUCCCUGAGCCCGGCGCCGACCUCCGACAGACCGCCAACCAGGUGCGGCGGCGCCGCAAGCGUGGAGACCUUCCUCCCGUCUAUCCCAACGGGUGGUACCGGCUCCUGGGCUCCCGGCAGCUGCCCGCCGCCGCCGUCAAAAACGUCACCGUCUUCGGUGAGCAGUUAGCCGUGUACCGGGGCGACGAUGGCAGGGCAUACGCAGUGGACGCUUACUGCCCUCACCUGGGCGCCAACCUGGCCGUGGGCGGGCGUGUGAUCGGCGAUUGCAUCGAGUGCCCCUUCCACGGCUGGCAGUUCCGCGGCCACGACGGCAAGUGUACGGUCAUCCCAUACGCCGAGAGAGUGCCGGAGUUUGCCCGGGUGCGGAGCUGGCCGCUGUGCGAGGUGAAUGGGGCGCUGUACGUCUGGUUCCACUGCGACGGCCUGGAGCCGGGAUGGAGCGUUCCCGUACAGAACGAGAUCCAGUCCGGAGAGUGGGUUUUCCGGGGAGACACCGAGCACCUCAUCAACUGCCACAUCCAGGAGAUCCCGGAGAACGCGGCAGAUGUGGCACACCUCACUCACCUGCACAGCCCGGCCAUCCUGAGCGGCACCGACCUCCGUAACACCCGCUGCCGCCGCUGGGGCUUCAUGCGGCACGACUGGAAGGUGCAGUGGAGCGAGGAGUCGGUGCCGGACAGACAUUGCUCGCGGAUGCUGGUGAACCACACUCUGCACAUCCUGGGCUGGCAUUGCCCGCUGCUCGACCUACACGUGGUGGCCCGACAGGUGGGCCCGGGCCUGGUCUACAUGCUCUUCAACCAUGCCUUCCUGGGCCGUGGGGUGAUCCUACACUGCGUGACCCCGGUGGAACCGCUGCUCCAAUGCGUCACCCACUGCAUCUACUACCAGAGCAACAUGCCCGCCCUCAUCCCCAAGGCCCUCAUCAUGGGCGAGUGUAUCCAGUUUGAGCGGGACGUGAUGAUCUGGAACAACAAGACAUACAUGCCGCGGCCGCUGCUGGUGAAGGAGGACUCGGCCAUCGUGCGCCACCGCCGCUGGUACUCGCAAUUCUACACCGACAACAGCCCCCGCUUCCCGGCGCCCAAUCACAGCCUCGACUGGUGAGGGGCCGAGCGGCCGCUGCCGGAGCUGGACGUCCGCACACGUGCACGCGCAUUUGCCUGGGUGUGCCCGUGCCCGUGCCCGUGCCCGUUUGUGUGCGCGCGUCUGUGGAAAGAACUGCAGAUGCUGGUUUAAACCGAAGAUAGACAAAAAAGUGCUGGAGUAACUCAGCGGGACAGGCAGCAUCUCUGGCACACGUGUGUCCAUGUUUGUACAUGUCUGCGGGAUGAGCAUGUACGCGUCUGUGCGUGUGUAUCUGUAUAUGCGUGCAUGGUGUGUGUAGACCCAACACUGUGCCCAUGCAGACACUGUAUGUGUGUGUGUGUCUGUCUGUGUGCAGGGUGUUUGUUGACCCUGCUGUAUGCAAGGCUCUGCUUGGCACUGUGUACAUGUGUGCACGCAUCUGUGCGUGUGUACACACCUGUGUAUAUGCACAUGUCUGUGUGUGUGCGUGUGCGUACACAGGGGGUGUUUGUUGACCCUGUCCUGUUCCUGUGCAGACACCGAGUGCCAGGGGAAGUGCCGCACUGACCGGUCACUCCAGCUUCAGCCUGUGCCCACAGGUUCGUGCCUGGUCAGUCCCAGGCUCACUGGCUGCCAGUGCCCCAGCUCCAGCCCAUCUCCAAGGGAGCCCAAAUUAUUUUUAUAAUUCUUGUAUCAAAUGUUUUUAAUAUUGAAUGAAAUAAACGUUACUACUGUGCCACUUGUA